CUUGUGGGACGCCCCAACGUCGGCAAGUCGGCGCUCUUCAACAGACUACUCCGACGGCGGGUGGCGCUGGUGUACGACACCCCGAACAGUCACGUGACACGUGACUACCAGGAGGGCCGGGCGCAGUUGGGUGAUCUUGUGUUUCGUGCUGCCGACACGUCCGGGUUGGAGCCGCGUGGGGGCAGCUGGCGCGGGAGCAUUAAUGCCCGCGCCACCUCCAUCACCACGGCGCUCCUGCGGCAGUGCCACCUCACGUUGCUGGUGCUGGAUGCCAAGGACGGCGUGUUGCCCGCCGACGAGGAGGUGGCCCAGUGGCUGCUGCGUCACGUGCCCCGAGACCAGGUCCUGGUGGUCGCUAACAAGGCGGAGGGGGCCAGGGCCAGGGAUGAGAUGCCGCAAACCGUGUACGACUGCUACCGACUUGGUUUCGGAGAGCCGGUUGCCGUGUCUGCCGCCACUGGAGAGGGUCUUGCGGAUCUCUACACCGCGCUGCAGCCGCAUAUUGAUGAGGUGUCGGAGCAGCUGGCGGCGGCGGCGGCGGCAGCGGCAGCUGACAGGCCCAGCAGCAGCAGUGCUCCUGGCAGAGGAGGCGUGUUGAAGUUGGGCAUUAUGGGGCUACCGAACGCGGGUAAGUCUACACUACUCAACAGGUUGCUGGGAGAGGAGCGCGCGCUGACGGGCCCGGAGCCGGGACUCACACGUGAUGCCGUACGGGCCAUGUGGAUGUACGGCAAUCAGCCAGUGGAGCUCAUUGACACGGCGGGCUGGAUUGGGGUGGGUCGUACAGCCAGGUGGGCCGUGGCCGCCCUGUCCCGGCAGUGCACUCUGAGGUCGCUGGCCCAGGUGCAUGUGGCCGUACUGGUGGUGGAUGUGGAGAGGGCGCUCAGGAGCAACAGAGUCCUGGCUCGUCGAGAGCUAUCCCUGGCCAGCCACGUCAUCCGGGAGGGGAAGGCGCUGGUGCUCGUGGCGAACAAGAUGGACGUGCUCUCACCGCAGGACAGGACGUUGUACGGCAAGGUAAGGAAUCCGUACGGCAUCUCACGUGCCUGCCCUGCCCUUCCCAUCUCGCUGCCCGUGGUGGAGGUAUCCGCACGGGACGGUACGGGAUUGGACGAGAUUAUGCCAGUGGUGUCGAAGGCUUACGAAGCCUGGAAUAAGAGAAUUGGUACGGCACGUUUGAAUAACUUCAUGGCGAAGCUGACAGCUCGAAUGGCAGGCGGUGGCGGUACGGAGGCCAAUCUUCGCCGUAUUCGCUACGUGACCCAGAUCAAGGCGCGGCCGCCCACAUUUGUCGCAUUUCUUCGCGGCACCGCCUCUCAGCCCGUCAGUGGAGAUUUUUCAGCCUUCUUAGCGCACCAGAUUCGGGAGGUUCUGGGAUUCCCUGGAGUGCCGUUGCGGAUCUGGUUCAGGUGCGCAGCCGCAUGCCUGGCGGGGUUUAGGUAA